CCGCAUCACUACUGCCAACGUACGAUAUAAUUUACAAAUCAUUAAUCUGGCAACACUACUCACGCGUUUUAGAGCGCAGAUAAAAGUUAAUAUUUUUCAUGUUGGAAAAUCUAAAAAAGAUGUAGUUUUCUUAUUCGAAUUGCUUUAAAACUUAAAAUAUAGUUUUGUUAUUUGCCAAAGCGCUACAAGUGCAAAGAGAAGUAAUUGAUUGUGCAAAAACAAUUUUGCUCUAAUAAAAUUAAAGUGCAAAUCCAUAAUAGCAAAGUACUAGUGACGUCUAGGAAGUGCUAUUUGACACAAGAAAAUGUUUAAUUAUCGUUUUUUCGUAUCGAAGCAUUUAUUGUCAUCAUCACCGACAUUCGCGGUUUCGUAAACAGCGUAUUUCAUAGGGCAAUAUUGUGGCUACAAGAAAUAUUUGUGUAUUGGAACUUUAAAAAUACUCUCAAGGGAAGGGGGUGUUUUAGUAAAAGUUUAGUAGUCGAGUUAUAGCAGCAGCCGCAGUACACCUUUCGCAAAGGUGUACCUGUGUGUGUGCACAUUGCUGUGUUUGUGCGGAAUCGGGUAGCGCACAGAGGUGGAGGUCGGUCGACUCUGUCUUAUCAGUUCCGAACUGAGUGUUAGCGCCUGUAGGCAAACCUCUGUGCCCUCAGUAGUAUUGUCAACGUACGACGCAGUCGUUUAUGAAUUGUACCGGCCAUCGAAGGUCGAACGAUGAAAUUUAUUUGUUAUUGUAAUUUUAGUUAAAAUAAACGGAAUUAUAUUUCACACAUUUUUAUCGACUUAAGUUAAAACGGCGACGUCAUUUAAUUUGUCGCGAAAGCUGUAUAUCGUGGCAGCAGCAAACGCGCCAAUCUGCGAAACAACACACAAAUAAAUUUUUGUGGACAUGACCGACAAGAAUGCUGGUCAUAAUGGAACGCAGUGGACGAAAGCAACGGUUACAGCUGCAGCUGCUAUUGCUGCACAACAACAAAAAACACUUAAUACUAAUGUAUUACCUGGGUCCCAACUCUUACAUCAACAACAACGAUUAUAUGAUCCAGCAGCGCUAAUGCCAGCUCAUGGCAGUAUUUUCGGGGCAGGUGUUGCUGCUUCGCUGGGACAUCUAUCACAUCCAGAUGGCAUAGCACCAUACACCAGUGCACGCUUUCAGCCACCACCAUUACCAAUCCAACAGUCUACAAUAGAUGCAAAAAAUUUAUCACAUAGUCUAGCGCACCAGCAUACCCAACACCCAUCGCAACUUGUGCAACAUCAACCUUCGCCAACGCAUACACCAAAUACAGUUCUAACUGCGCCAGCUGCCGCUUCACCCAGUGUACCGGUACAAAGUGGCUUUGUGCCACCACCAUUACUCUCAGGUGCGGCGACAUCAGUGUUAACGCAAAAUCCAUUUGCAGUAACACAACAAUUGGAACAUUUAACACCGCAUUUAAAUUUGCAACAACAAUUGGAGUUGAAUAAAAUUAUGACUGCAAUGAAUUGCCAGUCUAACGCCGUUCAUUCACCCGGUGCAAUAGGCAGUGGAGGAAGCAACGCAGGUAGUUUAACAAGUCAACAGCAAACAACACGACACCUUGUAACCGACGUCCCAAUGUCUAGUACUGGUAGUAAUAGCAACAGCGGUGGUGGUACAGGUGGAGCUGCAACUGUGGCAGGAGCCAUUAGCAGUACUAUUACUGAGAAUGUUUUAAACGCUUUAAGUGCAGCGCCAAAUAGUAGCGUCAGCGCCAGCGUGCCGGCAGUGCAUGGACGUUUGACUGGCAUUGGAGUGAGGAUGCCGGAUGAUGACCGCUUACGGCGAGUACAGGAAAUGGUAGAAUCGGGCGUAAGUGAAUUAGCAAAACAACAAAUUCAACAAAUCGUUGAUCGUGUUUCAACUUUGAAGCCGGUGGAAAAACUACUGCUUUAUUUGCGUUUACCAGGAGAAGCGCCAGAAUCAGAUCCACUGCGGCAUCCCCAAAAUCCAUUAGGUUCACGGUCUGAGAUAAAUCACACAAUUAACUGGGUGCGCUCUCACCUAGAACAUGAUCCCAAAGUGUCCAUACCAAAGCAAGAUGUAUAUAAUGAUUACAUAGCUUAUUGCGAACGUCUAGACAUUAAGCCGCUUUCGACAGCAGAUUUUGGUAAGGUAAUGAAACAAGUGUUCCCCGGCAUACGGCCACGCCGUUUAGGUACUCGUGGUCAUUCUCGCUACUGCUAUGCAGCUAUGCGUAAAACCACCAAAUUGGAGGCACCUCAACUCCCACUACUUGAUUCCACUACGGCCAAUGAGUCGUCCCUGAUUGGUGAUGGCAGCAGCACCUUACUUGGAGAUACCACUGCGUCUAUUGGUGAUACGGAAACAUGGCAAAUCAUACGCAGUUGGGCAGAGGGCAUGUUAAAUAUGAAAGUGGAUAGCGCACGGGAGCUAGCAUCCCAUAUUAAAACUGUAACCGGCGGAAACGAAUUGUCCACAUCAAAUGUACGCUCUGGAAGCAGUACUACACAUAAAAAAUACACACCACGUGAGCCGAAAGAGAAACGAUUAAUGGUGGAUAUGGGUCCUCUGAAGAAAAGACGAAAGAAAAAACGCAAAGGAUCGUCAUCGUCAGAAUCCAGUUGCAGCCAGACUACUGCGCAGGCGCAGCCACAAACUUUGUCUGCCGCGGACACACCAGCAAUUGAUGUUAAGCCGCCUGUAAUGAGCGAAUUCAUACAAAUAAAACAGGAAGUAUUGGAGUCGCCGACAAUGCAACGAGUGCAACACUUGCCAGCUUCCGCGACACAAAUGCCGCAAAUGGCAACAAUUACAGAUAGCUUUUUGCAACAACAACAACAGCAGCAAAUGAUACCUAUGGAUUUGGCAACUGAGCAGCGUACAGUGUUGGCACGUGCACCACCAGCCACUAGUGCCUUUGGACCAGUUCACACACAGCCUCAAACACUACAGCAACGUCAACCACUACGCACUGCCUUGGCAGGUGUACCACCUAACACAACAGCCGUAAAGAAUCUAACACCAAAAAUCAUUGAACUUGGUGCGGCAGAAUCUUCUGCAAUGUCACCAGGUGGAGCACAAGAGCCCAACACAGUUAUUAAAGAGGAAGAAUUCUUUGAUGAGUAUAAUACGAAUAUAUUUUGCAAAAAAGUACGAAAAGCACAACAAACCAAAGGUUUUUGGGCUAAUUCACCUACUUCUGCAACAAGUAAUAAUGUUGUGCCCAUCAUUACAACAACUUCAGCUCCUAAAGAGGUGGGAUCCUCGUCAACAGGAUUAUCAGCUGUUGCCACCUCAGUUAUUGCCACGUCUGGCGUGUCGUCGACUCAACCCUUAACAGGCAAUCACGACGCAGGCUCCACAUCCAGCGAUUUGAUGGGACCACCAGCACAAAUUGGCAGCAACAUUUCCGUCAGUCCGUCGAGCUCGCUAUUAGGUGCAGACAGCAGUGGCAAUAAUUCCCAACCGCCCACAGCGGCUUCACCAAAGGUUUUGUCGCGCAACAUGCUACAAAUGCGCGCUAAGCGCCAACAAAUUAUGGCCGCUUUGGCAGCUGAAGCCACGGCAAAUGCGGGCAAUAAUUUGGCCGAUCCGGAUGCAGGUGAUCUGUCGGCUAAUUUGGGCUUGCCACGCGAACGUGUCAUUAGUAUAUGUAAUAUGGACAAACACGAAUUAGACGAUUACUUUGUAGCUGGCGAGGUGGAGGAAGAGCCCGAGGACCAAGAUACCGAAUUGCUUCAAUAUUUUCAGACGAGAGACGCUGAGGAAAAACUGAAUUCCUUAGAUGCUGUAAAAUCAAAUAGGCAUCCAACAGUCACGACACAGGCAGCAGCAACAACAAUGCCAACAACGAAAACGUCAACCCCAACGACGUUAAGAGCGCGUGCAAAGCCAAUGGCAACGAAAAAUUCGCCACAAACUAUCAGCAGACAACUGAGCGUACAAUUAAAUGCCAUGGAUAACUGUAGUUAUCCAUCACAAGUGUCAAAUAGCGGCUUUACAGCCGCUGCUGGUACCAAAAAGCAAGCAAGCGCUGUGCUGUCCAAAGCAAGUCCCACAACAACAAUGUCUGUUGGAUCGGCCUCAGCGUCUCUCACUUUCAUGUCACAGAAGCAUCAGCAACAACAACAACAACUUCAUACACAAGUUCGACAAGAAAAUACGCAACUAAUGCUUGCAACCAACAACGCUAACAACAAUCCUAACUUGAACAAACGUAAAAUCAGCUUGACUGGCACCGCGCUAAAUGCGGCCGAAGUUAUUGCGACGCGCAAAAAUUGCAUAUUCUUUCCCAUAUCGCCCAAUACCAACGCUAACACUGGAAACCGGAACAAUAAAAACCCUGGCAAUAGCGUUAACAAUACAAAAGUGAAUGGCAGCAGCAUAUCGCUGAAUGCAGGGAACACGCUUAACUCGGCCCCCGACAAUGGCGGUGGCUCGUAUUUCGUCAGCCCCGGUCAGAGCGCCCAUCGUGUACGUCCGAAAGCAGCAUUUGCACUAGGAAAACAGCUGUCAUUGGAGCAUGAUUCCAGUGAUCCGAUGAUUGGUGCUAGCCGUCGACGUCGGAGCUAUGCCAAUCUCGGCGCAACCGGUGGUAAUAACUCACUCUUACCGAUCACCUCAGCAUCGGCGCCACCAAGUCCAUCUGUUUUGCAACAGCAACAACAACAGCAGCAACAAUUAUAUGGCACACCAUUUUUCGGCGGUGACGUGAGCCAACAACCGAACAAUCAUGCUGCAAGCGGUGUGGUGUAUAAUCAGAUGAACAAUAACACGGACGUAAGUGCAGCCGAUCUAUUGGGCGCCGAUCAAAACUCAUUGGAUUUGGAUAUGUUUAGCGCGUCAGUGGACAGAAGCAUUGUUUAUGAUGAGUUAACACUGAAUGACCUUACGACUGCACCCAAUGAGAUGCAGCGUUCACAAUCGGUACCACUAUCACAGUUACAACGCAUACAUUCGCCGGCCUUCAAUCGGAGUUUUCAAGCGGCUCCCUAUUCGGCGUGUACAUCAGUUGCACAGACACCGGUGCCACAGGAAUUCGCUGACUCAACGACGUUCUUCUCCGAGAAUAGCUGUAGUCAAAAUAGUGGUGGCGGCUUAAACGGGAAGCAUGGGACGCAAACAUUGUCCGCCAAAAUACUAGACGACGAAGCUGCCUUAUUGGCUAACGAUCCGGAUGCGAUGCUAGAUAACCUCGAGGAAAUGUUCAAUACCAAUUUUUUGCGCAUGAAAUGCCCGAACAAUUUUCAAGGUAACGCCACAACAACGACUUGUUCUUCGGCAGGCUCUUCAUCGGGUUAUAGCAGCAGUGCUUGUACGGCAUUCGGUAGCGCUGCGCUAAUAUCGGGUGUUGGUGGAGGUGGAAACGGCAAUAACUUAUUGGGUUGUACGGGCAAUACUAUGUCGCGUUCGGUACCAUCCACGCCGCUGCCACAACAGAGCCCAUUCGCAACACACUUCUAUGGCGGACGUCGGCGGUUUGAGGAUGAAGUGAAUCUCUCACCUUCGCUCACAACUUCUAGUAGUAUCAUGGGUGGCACUUUCACUACAACUGUAUUCAAAUAUGGCAACAAUGGUGGUGGCUCAUUUGGAAAUAGUGGCGGUGGUGGUAGUUGCAACAGCAAUUACGACAUGUCACGUUCCAUGCCAACAACACCAACGGCGACACCACGCUUUCGUUACAGCCCAAUAGAGUUUACGCGCGAAUUUCUCAGCAACGGCAACACUAUCGAUAGUCUCAUCAGCGGUGGCGCAAACACCGGCAGCCUCACCGAUGCUGGUGCACCCAGCGAAGGACUUAGCGCUGCGCUAACUGGCCUCACAGGCAAUAAUGAUGCACUCAUUGAUGAGAGUUGUGGGCUAUCCGCCGAUGUCUUCGUUAAUCACACCGUCACCGAUGCUGAAUCAAUAAUUGCUGAAGCGAAUGAGUUAUUGGGGAAUUUGUAGAAUUCGCAUGAAGAGGAAGUGGAGUUGGCUACUAGCAAUGAUAUUAAAAGCAAAAACAACAACACUAACAAUAAACAAAUUUUAGAAUCCGCCAGUGCAGUACCAUCGGCAUCCAGUCCGCGUUCGUUUGCUGACGAAGCCCAUCCACCAGAGAAUGUGAUUCCAAGCAGUGUUGUUGUUGGACUGUUAUUGGAGCAAGUUGGUAAGCUAUAGAGUUGUAUCAACGUAAUUCAUGUAUGUUGUUGUUGUUGCAUAUUUGCCGGUAAAAAGACUUGUGAGCUUAAAUACAAGUGUGUGUUUUUAUGGUGUGUAGCUUAUUAAGAUUUGAAAGAAAUGUGUCAGUGUUGUGAAAAUACUUUAGUCUAUGGCCAAUGAGCCCUGAGUGUUCAAAACAACACAGAAAGCAUACCACAGCUAAAACACUUGCCUAGUUCUAAAGGUUGUAGUAUCCUUCUGUCACAUCAGCUGUUUUUUUGUUUACGUCCGAAAGCAAAAUUAUAAAAGUACAAAAUAAACAAAUUGUUCGGAAGUUUUUAAAAAUGCCGAUAACAACAACUAUCAAUAAAUUAGAUAAUUCAUAUCAAAUGUUUUCGAAUCUGUGCAAUUGCAACAACAUCAAUACACCUUUUCUAAAAAUACAUGCACAUAGAACUCCAGAGCCAAUGAAGCUUUCUCUUCAAUCGCCCUAAGUGCCGCAAGAGUGAAAUUUGCCAAGAUUUUCACUCACCUAAAGUGUCAAUAUUACACACUUCUACAAAAAGUUUAUAAUUUUCGAUAAAACAGUGCUGUUAACCUAUAAACUCAAUCACUAUAUUUUUUGUUAUUACUAUUAUUUUGUUCGUGGUAUGAACAAUUCAAUUGUUUGUUAAAUGUUGUAAUGUAUAUUUGUAUAUAUAUGCAUAAUGUAAUGGUCGUAUUAAGUAUGUAACUAUUUUAUGUAAAGUUAUACAUAUGUAAAGGGAAUACAUUCGUAAGUCUAAGGGCAGCAAAAAUACAACAUUUUUAAAUGCUAAAGUACAAAAGGAAAAAUUUCAAAAUUUUUAGUGCUUUUAAUUAUGUUGGCGUAAAAUUCAUUUACAAUGCAAUACUAAUUCUUUAACGUACCAAAGACACACGACGGUUUCGUACGUUUUUACCGUUGCACUUCAAAUGAAAUUUUAGUAAAAAACAAUGAAAAUUUAUCGUUUCAUGGUCUUCCAAAAGAAGAGCAUACUUUAGUUUUUAAUUAGCUCAAACCGCGAGGAACAGCUAACUGUAAAAAAUUUUUACAUUAACGGUUUCAUUGAAACGAUUGCUUAAUAACGGCGGAGUCUGUCAUGGCUGAUUCACAGAUAAGUUUUGACACGUUUUGCUUCAGGCUUUGAUAUUGGCAGAUAGGUUUUGAUACCUUUUGCUUCAGUCUUUCUGUCCUUUGGAACUUUCUUAGAGUUGCCCAACGCGCCACAUGAAAUUUUCUUUUAUUAUUAUUAUUUUGUUUUGAUUUCUUCUCUUUCAUACAUACAGUUAUGGAUAAUAAAAUAGAAUACAGUCAUAAUAUCUAACUAAAAACAUAAUAUUUUUUAAGAGAGAAAACUUUUUGCAUCUUUAUUGUCUAAUACAGAUGCAUAUCUUGUAGGUAUAGACUGAACUAGGCUACGGCAAGUGCUCUGUGAACAGAAUGCCCGACCUUUGGAACUUUCUUAGAGUUCCGCCUUAUUUUACGGGUCAAUCUUUCGCUUAACGUUUUUCCAUACAUUUUCUAUUUUACUGCCGAUCUAAACGGGCUUAGAUCUCCGAAAAAACAGACCUUGGCCGGAUAAAAUCCGGGUCAAAUCCAGUAAUGUAGAACCUACAAGUCGUCUUCUUAUCGUUCUUGCAAAAAUGUGUGCACCUAAUUCUUGUUGCAUGGCUGCCACGGAUUUAAACAGAUCGCGCAUCGACAAUCUUGCGAUAUUUUGAUCGACUUCCGCACUCGUUUUUCGUGGUCGACCUCUUUUUUUCUUACAUAUUUUCGGAGACUUUAAGGCAUUAAACACAAAUUUUUGGGUCCUACUAUUCAAUAUGUUUGCAAUUUCCUUUUGCAUGCGAAUCUUUUCUUGCAAAUUUUUGAUGCAUACUCUUUUUUCCUUUGAACAAUGUUUGGCUUGACCCAUUUUUUACGCAAAUAAAUAAUUAAUACAAAUAUUCAUUCCACAGAUCUAAUUAAGUUAAUAUAACUACUUAAUACGCAUUUUAAAUUAAAUUUUUUCGGUUUGUGAAAAUAUUUCGCGAUUGAAUCUAUUAUUUUGUCGUAUUUGCACGUGGCACGCUAUUUAUACUUUUUAGUUCAGUACAGUUAACUGUAAAACUCGACAAUGUUGUCAGUUGCUCUAUUUUAAAAGUACACAUGGUUGUAUUUGUUAUGCAAAAAACUUAUGACGUACAUAUAUGUAAAAUUAAAACAAAACCUUUGA